AUGACCAGCAAAAAGAGCCCGAAGCACCUUAAGACGGCGGACAUCGAUGGACCCACGCUCGCGAAAUGCUUGACGGUGGACGCCAUAUUAGACACGACCCCGCUGAUGAAAGGUUGCCCGAUCCCAGACUACAGCACCUACCCGUGCGUGAAUUCCUCGGAUCGCCCGAAGUUGGCGAUGCUCGCGGAUUUCAUCCCGACGUUGACCAACAUCACGGUCGCCACUGAGGGUUUGCGGAUCUCCCAGAAGACGGCGGAGGCUGGGUGGGACGAGGCUUUCAAGGGUAAGUUCAUCGAGUCCUACCGCACGGACAAGGCCAGGAAGCCCACUCCAGCCAUCAUCAGUGGCAACAGGUUCGUGCAGUGCCGCCAGCUCCGCAUCAUGCUGUCACACUUCCAGCGGGACCAAUCGCGGAGCUCCUCGAAGGUCGACUCCGUCGGUGACGAGGCCGAGACCCCGCGGGACGAGUUCGACAUCGAAGACGUUGACGAACAGGAGCUGCAGAACUACUUCAAGCUGAUCUCCGAGGUGGCGCGAUGCAGGAUGACAUGAUGGACUUCGCAGAUCCAGCAUUCGUGGGAAGGCUGCUAUAGUUUGUAUUUCGUGAUCGACGUUAUCGGCGUCAUCGGGUCCGUCUACAUCUUGCACGGGCUGCUGGCCAGCUUGUAGGUGAACGGAUGAUAUCGACUUUGACUUUCUCCGUGGGCUUGGCGGCUCUUUGCAG